AUGAACUUGCUUGCAUCGCUCAGCUGCCAGAACGAGACCCACCUUGUGGUGGGCGGCAACUCUAACAUUGCAGCUUUGAGAGUUAACUCCAUAUUGGCGUCAGGCGCCUCUCCGAUUUUAAUUCAGAACAAGCCAAUCGAGACGCUACCUAUUUCCUUGCAAGACCUUAUUUCAGCAAACAAAAUUAAACUGAUCCAGAGUGAAUUUAAAUUCGACUUUCUCACUUCAUUGGGUAGAGCGGCCGUCGAUCAUGUUGUAGACAGAGUCUUCGUCACAUUGGACCUCGAUGAAGGCGAAAAAAAACGAGAGAUAUCUGAACAGUGUUGCCGCCUACGAAUUCCUGUUAAUGUAUCAGACUCUCCUGAGCUUUGUACAUUCACGUUACUCUCCACUUACACGAACGGAGGGUUUCAAAUGGGUGUUACAACCUCAGGAAAAGGCUGCAAGCUCGCAUCCAGGAUAAAGAGAGAGCUCGUUUCCAAACUACCAAUAAAUAUGGGCGAGAUAUGUGAUCGAGUCGGCGAGCUCCGUCAGAAGCUCCAAGAUUCCGAUGCCUCUGAAAUUGGCGGCAAUGACGAGGACGCUGUGACAACAUCCAAGCUCAACGCAUUGGUGAAGGAAUUCAACAUGACUCUCGAACAAAAGGCUGCCCAAAGAGCUAGGUUUCUCUCGCAGAUCGUCGAGUACUAUCCGCUCGAAAAGCUCGCACAUAUAACGAUGGACACCCUUACCACUGAGUAUGCAUCACCCAACACUGACUGUGGAAUUUCCGAGAACGACAUAAUAAGACAGAAAAAGAAGGGCUCGAUUUCCCUCGUGGGGUCGGGCCCAGGAUCCGUGUCCAUGCUCACACUCGGGGCUCUUCAAGAAAUACACUCUGCCGACUUGAUUCUAGCAGACAAACUCGUACCACAACAGGUUUUGGACUUGAUUCCGCAGAAAAGAACAAAUCUUUUCAUUGCCAGGAAAUUCCCUGGUAACGCAGAAAGGGCACAACAAGAACUUCUCACAAUGGGUCUAGAAGGCUUGCAAAGGGGCGAAAAGGUUGUACGCCUCAAACAAGGUGAUCCAUACAUCUUUGGCCGCGGCGGGGAAGAGUAUCUCUUUUUCAGCUCACACGGAUUCGUUCCCAACGUCUUGCCCGGCAUUACAUCUGCGCUUGCUGCUCCAGUAUAUUCAAACAUUCCUGCCACUCACCGUGACGUUGCAGACCAGGUUCUAAUCUGCACCGGUACUGGCCGCCGUGGUGCCUUGCCCAAUCUUCCUGAGUUUGUCGAGUCCAGAACAACCGUUUUCUUGAUGGCUUUGCAUAGAAUUGUGGAUUUGAUCCCACACCUCAUCACCCAAAAAAAAUGGGCUGCGGAUCUUCCUGUUGCUAUUGUGGAAAGGGCUUCUUGCCCUGAUCAGAGAAUCAUCCGUACAACCUUGGCCAAGGCCCCGGCUGCUGUUGAGGCCCUAGGCUCGAGACCACCUGGACUUUUUAUUGCGGGCUAUGCCUGCGGUGUAUUGGCGACGCUUCUGGAGAAAGACUGGAUAGUGGAAGAAGGACACUCUCUGAAUGAGAUCAGCGGGGUAUUGGAAAAACUUGCAUCGUCCGUUUGA